AUGCAGCAGUGGAAUGGUGGUUUUCAUCCUCAAGGGGUUCCACAAGAAGCUACAGGUGGUAGUUUCCGAGAUUUCUUCCGCAUGAAUUCUCCUGAGUUCCAUGGUGGGUUGAAUCCUGUGAAGGCUCAUGAGUGGAUAACCAACAUGAAAAGGAUCUUUCAGAUAGUGCAUUGUAGUGAAGAGAAUAAGGUUGUGUUUUCUUCUCACAUGAUGAAGGGUCCAGCUGUGAGACGGUGGGAGAAUGGUUCGACUCUUAUGACCAAUCAAGGAGUACCUAAGGAUUGGGAGAAUUUUAAGACUACUUUCAUGGGUAAGUAUUUUCCUAGCUCUUUGAGGACUCAGAAAGAAUUUGAGUUUCAACAGCUUAGACAGGGUACUAUGACGGUAGCUGCGUAUGCUGAGAAGUUUGAAGAUAUGACUGCUUAUUCUAGACAAGCCACAUAUGCACCGGAUGAGAAAUGGAAGAUCGAUCAAUUUCUUUUUGGUCUAAGAGGUGAAAAUUCUCAUAGUGUUUCUCAAAGGGAAUUCACUACUUAUGCUGAAUUGUUAAGGCAAUGCUAUGUGGCUGAGAACAGUUUGAAGAAAGUUCAAGAAGAAAGGGAUCAAUAUAGGAGUGGACAGAAGGACCAAGGGACGCCAGGUAACCAGUUUAGGCCUAGACCUUAA